UCAUCUACUAUUUAAUUUUUUCGUUUUAAACUUAACUGAACAAACAGUAUUACAAUACGUGGAGACAGUCUCACUUCCCUCCAUAUUCUAUAUGACAUAACUUUUUUCUCUCUCUAUCAUUUAUUCUACCAAUUAUUAUUACUUGUGUUUAUUUUAUUCAUUCAAUCUCCAUCCGGAUGCGUCAUGCGUGUGUGUGACUUGUGAGAGAGACAGAUUCCACAGCAAUUUGCUCCCCUUCCACGCACAGGUCAAGAACCGCUCCCCAGAAAAGAUCGUAUUUUUCAUCGAUUCAACCGGUUUCUGUACGGGAAAUCGCUGCUGGAGAUCUCAGAGAACCGGAAGCUCGGAGCUUUUGCUCCGUUUGCGUCGAAUCUGCCUUGGGAGCGGAUAAAGGAGCGGCCUUUCGAGCUCGUCGGAGCCGCCCCUGAGGAGGCGAAAGGGGACGCGGCGGCGGCGCCAUCAGCUGUAGGGCGCUCGUGGAAGUCGGUGAAGCCGGUGGUUUGAGGACGAGGUGGCCUCGGUGGUUUCGAGGAAGCCACCCACUGCCGCGGCGGGGAUGGACUCCAGCGGGGAGGAACUCCUGAAGAAGAUCCGGGAGCUGGAGGUUGGGCAGGCGCAGCUCAAGCAGGAGAUGUCCAAGCUGAUACCCGGCGCCGUGGAGCGGCGGCGCUCGCAAUCCGUCUCGCCGCGGCGCGGCGCGCCGGUGCCACCGCCGACCAAGGCGAAGGCGGGGCCACCAGGUAGGCUGCUGUCCGGGGGAUUUGAGGGCGGGCAGCGUGCGUGGGCCCGUGGGUCGGCGUCUUUCCCGCACUCAUCGCCGCUGCAUCGGGAGGGCCGGGCCACGGGCGCUGGAAAUGGUAGCACCAGCGCUAGGCUGCCUGAGAGGCAGUACUCCAGGGUGCUGCAGUCACUGGGGCAUUCCGUCCACAUUCUUGACCUCGAUGGGAGGAUCAUAUACUGGAAUCAGUCUGCGGAGAAUCUGUUUGGCUAUCCUGCAUCAGAAGCCCUUGGUCAGGACGCCCUCAUGCUUCUGGUUGAUUCUGGUGAUCACAAUGUGGUGAAUGACAUUUUCCGACGUAUUUCUAUGGGUGAAAGUUGGACUGGGAAGUUUCCAGUUAAGAGCAAACAAGGAGAUAGAUUUUCAGCUGUUGCCACCAACACACCUUUCUAUGAUGAAGAUGGAAGUUUGGUGGGUAUCAUUUGUGUUUCAAGUGAUUCCCGCCACUUGGAGCAGAUAUUUUGUAAGCCUCCAACCUCUGCAAGGCCUCAAUCAGAAUCAUCUAGGACAUCUUGUGAUGGGAGUUGCAGCAACACUAGUCGCAGAAUCAAUUUGUUGAACAGAAGUCCUUUUGAUCCUCAGAUACCCCUGCAAAGCACUUUUGCAUCCAGGAUAACGAAUUUGGCUACCAAGGUCACAAAUAAAGUUCGUUCUCGGGUCAGCACAGACGAUUAUGGCAUAGAACGGGAAGGUGGCAGUGGUGAGAGUCAUUGUUCGGAUCGUGGUGCAAAGGAAGAACCAACAUCUAGCGGAACAAAUACACCUAGAGGGAAUGCACCACAUGGUCCCUUUUCUACAGAUGAGAACUCCCCUGGGAAAUCAACGAACCCAAGCAGUGAUGAAUUAGAAGGAAAAGUAGGUCUGCACAAGUUUUUGAGUUCAAAGGCAGAGGCACUACUGAACAAGAAAGGGAUAUCAUGGCCUUGGAAAGUGCGCGAGAAUGACGGACCUGAUGAAAGAAAUCAUGUGAUAUUGUUGCAUGGAGACCAAGAGAAUGUUAUGAAUCAUCAGAAGGUUUCAGAUUCUAGCAUAGCUCCAGAUUCCCAAGGCGCUGAACACAACCUACCUAGCAAAAAUGAGGCAUCAGGUUCCUGGUCCUCUUACAACAAUAACAGCACAAGCAGUGCAAGCAGCACAGGAAGCACUAAUAGCAGUGCUCUCUACAAAGUAGAUCAUGAAGCGGAUUGUCUGGAUUAUGAGAUCUUAUGGGAAGACCUUGUCAUUGGAGAACAAAUAGGGCAAGGCUCUUGUGGGACAGUAUAUCAUGCUUUGUGGUAUGGUUCGGAUGUGGCUGUUAAAGUUUUCUCCAGGCAAGAAUAUUCAGAAGAUGUGAUACUGUCCUUUCGACAAGAGGUGUCCCUUAUGAAAAAACUGCGCCAUCCUAACAUACUGCUCUUCAUGGGUGCGGUUACGUCUCCACAACGCCUUUGUAUUGUAACAGAGUUUCUCCCUCGUGGAAGCUUGUUUCGCUUACUUCAAAGGAGUGCUACCAAGUUGGGUGUGAGACGACAUGUUCACAUGGCUUUAGAUAUUGCAAGGGGCAUGAACUAUCUUCACCAUUCCAGCCCACCUAUCAUUCACCGAGAUUUGAAGUCAUCUAAUCUGUUAGUCGACAAGAACUGGACUGUGAAGGUGGCGGACUUUGGCCUUUCACGUCUCAAGCGCGAAACUUUCUUGACAACAAAAACGGGAAAAGGAACACCGCAAUGGAUGGCGCCAGAGGUGCUGCGCAACGAACCUUCCGAUGAAAAGUCUGAUGUGUAUAGCUAUGGGGUGAUCCUAUGGGAGCUCGUUACUCAGAAGAUACCCUGGGAAAACCUGAACUCGAUGCAGGUCAUUGGCGCAGUAGGUUUUAUGAACCAAAGGUUGGAUAUCCCAAGCGAAGUAGAUCCUCAGUGGAGAUCAAUUAUCCUGAACUGUUGGGAAAGCGACCCGCAGCAACGGCCGUCGUUCCAGGAGCUUCUGGAGAGGCUCCGCGAGCUGCAGAGGCGUUACGCCAUCCAGCAGCGGAACGCGAAGAACAGCGUCGAGGAGUGAAGACUGAAGAAUGCAAUGCAACUCUCCCAAGCGGCGGCGGGCUUGCUUUGAAGCAUUUUGCGAGCCAGCAGCAUGCCAGAUCUAGAGAAGGGCCUGAGCCUCCUGUACUGGGGCCUGGGGGCUGCUAAGGCUGGAAGAAGUAUGUUCUACAGACGAGGCGCCUUCUGUCUUCUUCUUUUUUUUUAAAAAAAAAGAAAGUUCUUCCCCAUGGCAAUUGUGACUGUAAUUAAUUUCUGGGUCCUGACAGCAAGGGUCAGUAGGGUAGCGAGUGAGUAGUGACUGAGCUCGGGCUUGCUUGCUAGCGCCUCUGGGUUCUGAUUCUUGACAACGCAAAUGCGUACUACGUGGUUAACAGUAACAUCCAAUCCAGCCUCCAGUUUCUGGCAAGGGCAUGCAUGAUGAUGUGUAGAUUGUCUGUUCUGAUA